GCGCUCUAAACGCCCUGUCUUUUCCCGCCCUUUCCCCUUUCCCCUUUCCCCUUUCCCUUUCCAAUCGAUGGCCGCUUCGCCGGCCGAAAUUGUACGCGUCUUCGCGAAGAUUGCCUCCCGCGUUCAGGGAUUCAAAGGAGAGGGAGCCGCCGGCAACAACGACGAUGAAGGAUUUGCUGAGACAACGGCGGCUAUAUCCUCCCUUUCCGCCUCACUCGGCUAUGACGACGACUCUGGGCUUAGGGUUUUGAACGCAGCGCUCUCCCUUAUGUGCUUCAGAGAUUCGGAGCUGCACAGAGUUAGGAUCGAGUGCCUCGUUGAUUCCAUGAUUAGCAUGCUUUCAUCCUCCGUUUCGUGCAAGGUUUUACGGGCUCUAGGUAGUAACGAUGAGGAAUUUUUGGGGAUUGGGACCUCGUUCUCUACCAGAGAUUGUGUUAGCUUGAUACAAGUUUGCGCUGACGUUUUGAAUUGUUUGAGCGGCCAUUGUGGUGCAGGAGAUUCCCAUGCACUUCUAUAUGCUACAAUAAAGGCUGUGACAUCAUCGUCUAUAUGUCAAAAUCUACUUCCUUCAUCAUCCAUAGGCUCCUUGGAAGAAAAAGACUUGUAUUUUGAUUUGCAAACUGAACUCUCAAAGCUUAUUUGCAAUUUGUCCAAUGAAACGCCCAAUGUGGGAAAUAAAUCUCAAAUGAGGUUACUCUUUUGGUAUCUUGAUCCAAUGAUUUUGAAACAAGACAUCUCAGAAAUAUUACAGGAAUGUGUUCGAAGACCUUUCCUGUGUCUGAAGAAAGAAUUGCAUGAUCGGGUUAGUUGGCGUAAUGUGAUAAUAUGUCUAGUAACUUCUUCUACUGUCUUUCUAGAAACAAGAUCCAUGCUACAUACAUGGUUCCUAUCCACGGGUUUGGCAUCCUCACUUGAUCUUAAGGUCAGAAUUGUUGCAUCGGUACUAGAUAUAUUAUCAAGGCCUAUGUGGUGGCAACUGCCUGCUGAUGUGGGACUGAAGCUUCCAUGUUCCUAUGCCUAUUUCUCCAACAGACAUCAUGAACUGUUGGCCAUUUUAACUGGGCAGUUAUCGUGCAAAAGUUUCCUGCAUCUUGUUUGUUACAUAAAGGCAAUAGUUGCUUCCUUGUUGACUUCAGAGAAUAGUUGCAGUCAUGGGAAUUUCGUUGAUCUAGUUGGUUGCAAUUCAGCCUGGGCAGUUUUGUUGGACUUUCCUGUUUGGUUCCACUUUGCAAUUGCAUUAAUCUUCUUGAAAAGUAGAUGCGAAGCCCACCUACCUUCAUCUCUACAUAGUAUUUUGAGAACCGAGACAGUGAAUCACGUGGAACUGCAUGAUGCUGCUAUUUACUUCAUCGCCUGGAUUUUAGACCCAGCUGAUAUAGCUCGUGAUAUACUGGUAAAAGGUAUAGAUGAAUUAUCAGAAUCAUAUAUUUUGAAACAUGACCUAAAAUCUGCCAAGGAAGAAAGAGCAGACACAGAUAUCAGAUUCAAAAAUGUUCUUUGCCGCACUAAAAAACUGAAGAUACCAAAUGUCAGUAAUAUCCCAAAGCGUCAUUUGACCUUUCAAUCAAUCAGUAGCUUGGAUAUUCAAGCAUGGCUUGAAAACUUUAAUGUUAUUCUUGUUAGAUUAUGCAGUAAGAUCACCAACAGUGAUGUUGAAGCUGUAUUAACAUCAAAAGAUGGCCAAACCAUGAAGCCUAAUUUAUUGUUUGCAAGAGUUCCUAUAGGCUUAUUGUUCGUGUCACCCAACUGUCUAGAUGAAAGAGGAUGUGAGAUGCUGCUGCAAUAUGCUGCCACUGGAAAAACAAUGAAAUCAAAAGAGAUACGCAAAUGCGCUAUUCGAGGUGCUCGUAUGGUGUUUGAUUUGUUAGAGACAAUUGAGGACAUGUCAGUGAUGUUAUUUGAUGGCGAAGACGAUAGGAUUGAUUUUGUUAGCCAGAUGAAACAAAAGACUGGUACGUAUCUGAUACAUUGCAUCAGAAUGCUGCUCAAGCCCGAGGAGCAACAGAUCGAUGCAGUUGCAACAGGAGAAAUGAAGUUGGAUCUUCACCAUAGACUGCUGGAGUGGAAGCAACAAGGACGACAGGUGUUCGAAGGUCAUGAGGAAUUUGAUGAUUUUAUGGAUCAGUUUUCCAAGAGAUUUCAAUUUUCUCACUAUAUUGAAGAGUGUUUCUGAUGAAAGAAAGUGAAUGAUUAUUGCUGCUUAUGUAGAGAAUCUCAGAGCUGUAACACGAUGAUUAAAUACCAAUACUAAAUGAACUGAAAAGUAUAUUUUCAGCAUAAAAUUAUAUUCAUUUACUUUUGCAAAAUGUUA